AUGGCGUCUGCAGACGACGAACCGCGAGCACUCGAGCAGGAUGAGUCGUCCGAGCUUUCCAGCGCGUCCGACAGCGGCUCCGGCUCCGACUCGGAGGAGCAAACGCAGGUAGAAUGGCUUGCAACAGGACGAGCCAAACGCGCAACAGCGGGGAACCGGAUGAAAAGCAUGCUGGCAAACGAGGAACGCGCCGACGAGGACUCCGACCUAGAGCUGCUGUUUGCCGAAGACGAGGACGACCAAGGUUUCACCGACGUUGAAAAGGAUGAUGCAUCUGACGUCCAGAUGGACUCGAGUUCCGAUGAAGAGGAUCAGGAUGAUGGCAAGGAUGACGACCUCGCUGGAGAGAAAGAGUUGGAGAGAAGAGAGCGGGAGAAGAAACUGGCGGCAAGGAAGAGAAAAGCGCAGGAAGCAAUUCCCGCCAAAUUCCGGAAGAAGGUCAGGAUUGAUGCCGCCGGUAAAGGAGGCUCGACUUCUGCGGCGUCCGAGGCGCCGAAGCCUCGUCCUAAGAAGAAGAGCGAGCGAGCAAGUUGGCUGCCGUCGGUCACCGACGCCCCAACCCGUGCCUCGGAACGGUCGACCACGCGGAUCAGCAAGGUUCAGCUCCAUCAGCAAAUGGUAGAGCGUGAGGCGCGUCGGAAGCGGCAGCUCGAGAUCAUGGAACGCAAGGCCCGCAAGGCAGAAGCCAACAAACGACCCCCCCUGACGCAGGCAGAGCGUCUAGCCGAGGCCGAGCUCGUCGAGAGUCGCAACGCAAACAGUCUGAACCGGUGGGAAGAGGCAGAGAAGCAGCGGGAGGAAGAGAGGCAGGCCAAGAUCGCGGCGCUGUAUAAUCGGACACUCGAAGGGCCCGUCGUGACCUUCUGGAGCGGCGUUGUCGACAUCACAGGUGAGGGCGGUACCGGUGCUCAACAGAUGCUGAAGCAUCUUGGCAAAAUGGUAUCCAUGGAGGAGAAAGCGCCCAGAAAGAAGAGGCAGUCUGCGGCAGCGAUAGCACAAGCGCAAAAGGAAGCAGAGGAUGCAAAGAAGGAAGCGCCGGCUCCAGACGUGAAGAUGGAGGAUGCCGAUGGAAAGCAAGCUGAGAAAGUGGCCGAAAAUGGGCCAAGGCCUCCUGUUGUCCCCGACCCUGGUCAGCCGGACAAUGUAACAAGCGCGUUGCCGGUGGCGAACCCGAACCCAGAAUCUGCAAAGGAGAACUCUGCAAAGGGACCUGCAGACGAACCUGCAAAGGAGCCAACAAAGGAGGCGACACAAGAGUCGCUCAAGGAGGCGGUCCAAAAUACUCCAAGUGAUGCAACAGCACCACCCGCAGCAUCAGCAACGACGGAGGUACUCCAAUCUACACAAGCCGGACCUCAGUCUUUAGACACUGAUGCACCCAAACUUGACGUUGUCUCAAAACCGACUGCUCAGCAUGAUGGCACACCCCCUCAGGCAGUAGAUCCCAAGUUACAUUCACAACCUGGACAAUCAGAGACAAGCCCUACAUUGCCUACAACAAACACAAGCGCGACGCUUGUUCCUACACUGGCCCCUCCUUCUCCGGCACAGCCUUUGCAAGUUCCACCAGCGCCGGCGUUGCCUGCGACAAUUGAACACAGGUCAGGCCUGGCGGCCCCCGGCCUAGCAGCUCCCUCGUUUCACACGACGGACGCUGUCUUUCGGCCAAUAGGAGCCCCGUCACCGAUGGCGCCGCCAGCCAUGGCAAGCCCCGGUGCUCUGAGGCCGCCUCCUUCCGGUGUCCUGGCUCGCCCGGCCUCCAUGCUCGCGCCUCCGAACAUGGUGGAUGGUUCAACACCCAUGCUAGGCUUGACCUCCAUGGGAGGGGGCAAGUCUAACGUCUUGGCUGCGCCAAACACAUCUCAAACACCGUCGCCCCUCGCUCCGCCAUCGCAAUCUCCCAGUACUCUUUCCGCGAUGGCCAUGGCACCUCCGCCGCGCCCGCCCCCGCCACCUCCGACACCCCAGCAAAUGCUUGCACCUCAGCCAGCUCCGGGUCCAGCUCCAGCUCCAGCUCCAGUCUCGGCUCCCGCCGUCACUCCAGCUGCUGUUACGGGUAAUGUGAAGACUUCACCUGUCCAGGCUCCAGAGCCUCAGAAAGGUCCGCAAACGGCGACAGGUACCAGUGUGGCAGACAAGCCUGAAGCUGCAAAGAGUAACAACGAAAUCCAAUCCACCGAGCCGCCCACAACAGAUCCUGCAUCGGCUGCGAAAGAGGCGGAGCUCCCAAUGGACGGCAAGAUCACACGGAGUUGUAUCAUCCUGCAGAAUUUCGACGAGGAUGCUAUAAAGGACAAGACAGUGCAGACACAAAUUUUGUUCGGUCGCAAGAUGAGCAAAAUCGGAAAACCUGCACAUGCCCCUUUGUGUGUCAUCACCAACCAUCCGGCACGCUAUCGGGACCCAAAGACAGGCCUGCCGUACUACAACAGUUACGCCUACAAGGAGAUUCAGAAGCUCCAUGGUGGGCAAUAUAAAUGGAGUCAGCUCAUCGGCGCGUGGGUAGGCACUGGCAGCGCGGCAGCAAGAGGGGUGCCGGUUCGGUUCAUGGGGGGACCCGCCGCCGCGGCGGAAGACGAGCGGCGGAAGAAGGAGAGGGAAGAGGCAGCGAAGAAGAAAGCGGAAGAGGAGGAGCGCAAGAAGAAGGCGGAGCAAGAAGCAGCAGAGAAGGCAAAGCUUGCGCCGGCGGCUCCGCCCCCCGAACAAGCGUCGUCAACUACGACAUCGGCAGCGGAUGAGAAGAAGGCAGAUGCUGCCCCGGAGAUACCGGCUGCUAUGCCAGCAGAGACACCCGCACCAGACACUGGUGGCACGGUAAAGCAGGGAGGGCAAGAUCCGCCGCGGGACGGAAAUGCGGCCGACGGCCAGCAGCCAGAGCCGAUGGAGGGCGUGCAACCUACCCAGCCGGAGCCACAGACAGCAUGA